AUGCACAACAACUUUAACACCCCCACGAGAAUUGGCAACAGUGUCAGCGCGGACACCAGCCCGGACUUGACACUGAGCCGCAACCUUGCGGGCAUUACGUGGAACACAACACAUCACACAUUAGGGAGCGAUCAUUACAUCCUCUACGUUACAGUACCCUACAAACACAGAACGACCCCUCACCUAACACACAAACUCACCAACUGGGAUGCAGUCCGCGCCGCACGGGCGGCCCUUCCUGACGCUCCCAUUACAGACAUCGACCAGUGGGUGGCAUCACUCAUGAACGAUGUCUCCGCACACACUCGAACCCUUGACACCACACCAGAUACGCCCACCCUCGACACUCACCUGGCGCACCUAUGGGAGGCCCAUCAUAGCAUCCUAGAGCGCUGGAAAGGGCAAAAACUCAACCGGACCCUUAAAAAGCGGCUAGCCGCACUGCAAACAAAAAUUACUGAGCACUCUGAGGAGCUCUGCCGAUCCAACUGGGGACAGAUUUGCGAUAGUAUGGCUGGCAAUCUGUCCUCCAAGCGCAGUUGGCAACUCCUCCGUCACUUAAUUGACCCCACGCAAUCUAAAACAGCCACACAACAACACGUCACACGCCUUAUACACAAGACCAACCUUUCUCCCGACGCACUCAUCGACGUACUUAGGAACACACACACAACUCCCGGUAUCUCAAACCCCCUGCCCCCCUAUGCAGGCACCCCGAAUGCCAAUCUCGACGCGGAGAUUACGGAAGCAGAAGUCAGAGCGGCCCUCCUGACUCUCCGCUCUAAUUCCACUCCAGGAGUUGACCGUAUCUCCAAUAGCAUGCUCCGCAAUUUGGACGAUCAGUCGAUUGCCCAGCUCACGGAGUACUUCAACACAUGCUGGCAGGAGGGCACCCUUCCGCAAUCCUGGCGUCACGCCAAAAUCUUAUUCAUACCCAAGCCCCACAAACCCCUUACACCUGCAAAUCUUCGCCCCAUCUCCCUAACCUCAUGCCUGGGCAAGCUUUUGGAGCAUGUCGCACUCGCCCGACUCACACAACACAUGGCGGAGCAAGACCUCUACCCGCACAGCAUGGUGGGCUUCUGUCCCCACCUGUCGGCACAGGACGCCAUGCUCCAGCUCACACAGGAUAUUUUCGACCCCCUCAUACCGGGCCACACAAAAGCCGUCCUCGCCUUGGAUCUCUCCAAGGCCUUUGAUCGCCUAGACCAUCAAGCGAUAAUGGCGGCGCUCUCCCCCUUGAACAUAGGUGAACUGGGAUUGGCACCCCCCAGGGAUCUGUCCUCUCACCUUUUCUCUUCAAUGUCACUCUCAUCCCCCUUGCCCGCAAACUACAAAACAUCCCUCACCUUCGGCACACACUCUAUGCUGAUGAUAUCACUCUAUGGACCACCCAUGGCAGUGAUGGAGACAUAG